GCCCGCCUCUAGUCUUUCCCCGUCUCUCUCUCUUACUGCCAGCACCCCCACUCAGCCGCCCUCCCCACUCCGUUUUUAGUCUAAUCUCACCGACCGUCGCAUGAGCGUGCAGAACCUCAACACCUUCGACCCCUUCGCAGACGAGGGAGACCCGCUUGGCGCGAGCGCAGACGUUGGCACGCAGCAGAACUACAUCCACAUCCGCAUUCAGCAGCGGAACGGACGCAAGACCCUCACGACGUUGCAGGGCCUGCCCAAGGAGUACGAUGCUAAGAAGCUCCUGAAGGCAUUCAAGAAGGAAUUCGCUUGCAACGGCACCCUCGUUGAGGAUGAGGAGGCCGGUCAAGUCAUCCAGCUCCAGGGUGAUCAACGUAUCAAGAUAUCCAACUUCCUCGUCGAAGAAGGCGUGGCGAAGAAUUCUAUCAAGAUUCACGGGUUCUAGCCAGACUUUUGCUGGGGCCGAGCAUUAACGCACGCGCAUAAUGCAUUCCGUUCUCUCUCUCUGCGCCGUUCCCUUCUUUUGCCCAUCUUCUCUGCCUGACGUUCAUGUAAUGACCGCAUACACCGUUUCAUGGCUUUCCCCUUCCCAUUUACAGUCUGUACUAGUACUACUAAAUGCCGAAUGCGCAUCGGACUUCCAUGGCGUUUAUGGCUCACAGCUUCAGACGUCAUUCUAAGAAGAGACGGAGGAUCGUCCAUUAAAUAUAGUACGUAUACAUUCGCAGGUAGAACCAAUGGCAAGCAGUGGGACACAAA